AUGAGUGAGGUUGAACUUCGAACAGAAGAUUCUCUUCAGCCCGUCAAAUAUCUCGGCAAAGUUCAGGCUUUACAUCCUCAUGGCAUCAAUGUAGCUAUCGAAUCUGUGCGUAUUGUAUGGAAACGUUCGAAGAAAGGGACGCUUCAUAACCGCUGUGCGAUAUCCAUCCAUCCAUUUGGUUUAUGUCUCUACGAAGAGAUCGCGAAUGGCACAUAUAAAAGCGUUUGGUUCGAUGCGAUCGAAAACAUUUCGUACUGUGUUGCUGAACCUUUACAUCGACGUAUCUUCGCAUGGAUUGCACGUUCUCAACAAUCUGAUGAACUCGAAUGCCAUGUAGUCCUUUGUAAGACAAGCAAAAGUUCACAAAUACUGGCUGAUUUACUAGCGAAAACCUUCUAUGAAUCGUAUCGUUAUCGUCAAGAACAACAAAAACAGCAGAUUGAAUCAACACCGAAUAUGUCUCGGCGCUGUUCAGUUUGUGAUACCAUUGCUCGGCAACAAUCAAAUUCGAAUCUAUCUUCAUUUCGCAAUCAUUCGCAUCAGCAUCAUCAUGUGAACGAAAACAUCAACGACGAAAAACAACGAAAUGAUGAUUAUGAAAACAUUCCAUUUCAACAACCAAUGAUCGCACGUGCCUUUGUAGGAAAUUACGAAGGCAAUUCGUUAAAUAAUAGUAGUUACCGAAGUAUUGAUUAUGAUAUCACGUAUAUCGAUGAAGAAUCACUUCAGCCAAUUGAACAUUAUCGACGGGCAAUGGUUUAA